AUGCUGCCGCGGCUGGGGCGGGCGCUGCGGGGCGGCUGGCGGCGGGGCGAGCGGCAGCCGCCGGUGGCGCUCGGCGGCCGGGCGCCGCGGGGCAGAAGGGGCGGCUGCGCGCCGGCGCCUCAGGUGCAGCUGUUGAGGCAAACUAGAAGUUGGAUACACCGGAAAGGAGCAUGUUACAGUACACUGGUGCCAUCUGAUGAAGUAACUAUUAAUUACAGAUAUGGUCUUCCUGUAAUAGCUCUUACGUUGCCUACAAGAGGAGAACGUUGUCAGUUUACUAUCAAGCCAAUGGUAGUAACAGUUGGAGCAUUUCUGCGGGAUGUACAGAGAGAAGAUAAAGGAAUUGAGAGGGCAGAAAUCUUUGCAACUGAUGGUAGCAAGGUCUCUGAUACAACCUUGAUGGAGGUCUUACUGAUGAAUGACUUUAAACUUGUUAUCAACAACACAGCAUACAGUGUGUCAGCUCCUAAAAAAGGUAAGCUGAGUAGUGAGCAUGCUACUGAAAUGGAAGAUAUCAAAUCCUUGGUUCACAGACUGUUCGUGGCUGUACACAUAGAAGAUCACCAGAUCAGGAAAGAGAGAGAAUUACUACAGAAACUGGAAUAUCUGAAAGAGCAGCUGAUGCCUCUUGAACAGAUGAAAGCUAGAAUCACGGACAGUGCAGAUGCAAAGACCUCUAGGCUUCUAUGGGUGGGCUUAGCUCUGAUGUCGACACAAGGGGGAGCGCUGGCCUGGCUCACGUGGUGGGUCUAUUCCUGGGAUAUCAUGGAGCCAGUCACAUACUUUAUCACUUACGGGAGUGCCAUGGCUUUCUACGCCUACUUUGUUCUAACGAAACAGGACUACAUUUAUUCAGACGCUAAAGACAGACAGUUCCUCCACUACUUCUAUCGGAAAUCCAAAAGCCAGUGUUUCAAUGUGCAACGGUAUAACAAGCUAAAAGAAGAUCUAGCAGAGGCUGAGGAAUCGUUGAGGCGUCUGCGCCAACCUCUACAGCUGAGGCUUCCAAUCCAGCAAAUCAACGACAAGGACUGAUUUCUUUUUUUAUAAAUAAUUGAAUUGUCCUUUCAAAGCUGAUAUGAGCAUUUAAUUACUCUUUAGAAGUAAUUACAUCUUUAGAAGAUGGAUAUUUUUGACCAGUAUAGUUUUGAAAGUUACAAUAAAUAUAUAUAAAAAUAAUUGUAUCACUUGAUUGUUUGAGUUUUUUAAUAUGGGAAGAAGCUGCUGAAACAAAGUUCUUCAAGAUGUUUGUCAAAUCUCAUCAGUAAAUUAGAGGCAUUUCUCUCACUGGUAUAAUGACAGGGAUGUUUUUGAGAACGAGGGCUGUCUUUUAAGGACCAUUUGCUAUAAGACAGCAGCAGUUCAGAAAAUAAUUAACUUCUGCCCUGAGUAUUAGCAAUUUUCUUACUAAGUGAUGGCUUCCUUUUCCCCAGCUCUGUGCUCUGAUUUUGUUGGUAUACAAGCCUAACUUCCACCAAUAAUACUAUCUGAAGUACACUUUUUUGAGUGAAUACUGUCAAGAAAGUAAGAUAUAUCAAACUCAUUUACUAUAAAAUAAUUUUACUGUAUCAUUUUAUUAAACUUAUCAAAACAAUCAAACAUACGUGAUUCAUACAAAGCAUAAAUGUAGCCAUAAUAAGAUUUAAUAUCUGUCACUUAGAGCAUGCUAUAUGGGAGGAUUUAAGUGAAGCAGACAAGCAGAUAAUUAUUUUAUACUCAGGAAACUGAACUAUGAUAUUUAUUCUCUGCUUGAGUUCUCCAUUGUGUCCCAGAGUUAAGUGUAUGUAUCAAUAAUGUAAAAACUAAUAAAGUAGUACUUGCUUCCCUUGA